ACAAGAAUCAAAAUAAAAGAAGAAUCAAUCAUAGAGUAGUUUCCCUCCUCCUUCUCCUCCGCCUUCUUUUCCACUCCGCUCUUUUCAUCGACGGCACUCAAGCAACCACCAUGCUUCCGCUUUCCCUUCUUAAGACUGCACAAGGUCACCCUAUGUUGGUGGAGCUGAAAAAUGGUGAGACAUAUAAUGGGCAUUUGGUUAAUUGUGAUACAUGGAUGAACAUCCAUCUCCGAGAAGUUAUUUGUACUUCUAAAGAUGGAGAUAGAUUUUGGAGGAUGCCUGAAUGCUACAUACGGGGAAAUACGAUUAAGUAUCUUCGAGUUCCUGAUGAGGUUAUUGACAAAGUGCAGGAAGAAACCAAGAGCCGUACAGACCGCAAGCCGCCUGGUGUUGGACGUGGUAGGGGAAGAGGUAGGGAGGAUGGUGCUGGUGCUGGUGCUGGUGGACGCCCAACAAAAGGCAUUGGGCGUGGUUUUGAUGACGGUGGUGCUAGAGGAGCCGGAGGCCGGGGCAGAGGUGGCCCAAGUGGAAAGCCUGGAGGAAGCAGAGGUGCUGGACGAGGUAGAGGUUGAUCUAAGCAAGUGAUAUGAAGUGUGAACUACUUCCAACGGGCAAGCUUGCUUCUUCUGGAGGCAUCUGUGCUUGUCUUUACGCGUACCUGCAGCAGACUUUACUGCCCGUGUUUCAUGUGCAUUCUCGGAUUUUAGCUUUCCAGUACCUUUUUUGUAUUUGUAAUCUUAAAAACGUUGAUGAUAUUAUAUAUUAUAUUAUUAUUUGAGGAA